CACAAUCUACACUUCAAACUUUUAGUUUCCAUAUCCUGGUAGUGGUAGAUGCAACAAUCAUUACAAACUACAAACUACGUUCAACGAAAUCUUUACAAACUAAGUUUACUAGCUAAUGCUAGAGAAAGAUGCGAGGUUCAACAAGGUUGGAUGGCAAUACCCAAUUCUUAUAAAUUGUUCAAAAUGGUAUCAAUAAUUGAAUCAAAUCAACGAAGAAAUGGAAUCCAGAGAUUCCCCAUUUUACACCACAGUAGCAAAGCCAGUUGCAAAGAUAAACAGAGCCUACGGAUGCGUAUAUUUUUGUGCAAUUCUGGGGCUUCUAUAUUAUCGUAUCAAGUACAUGCCAAAAGAAGGAUAUGCAAUAUGGAUAUUGGUGUUUUGUGCAGAGCUAGGCUUGGCCUUCCAGUGGGUAUUAGAGAUGAGCUUCAGGUUGUGGCCAGUCGAUCGAUUUACUUAUCCAGAAAGACUCUCUGAGAGGUUUGAGAGGGAGCUACCUCCCAUUGAUGUAUUUAUAUGCACGGCUGACCAUGUUAAAGAACCUCCACUGGAUGUUUCAAACACUGUAUUGUCUACUCUGGCUUUUAAUUAUCCAGUAGAAAAAUUGACAUGUUAUGUAUGGGAUGAUGGAGGAUCCCCACUCACCUUUUAUGCUCUGUUGGAAGCUUCACGUUUUGCAAAGAUAUGGGUUCCUUUUUGCCAUAAGUAUUCCAUUCAGCAGCGAUGCCCAGAAGCAUAUUUUUCUGAAUAUUAUGUCAAUGAAAAUGAUAACUUCCCCUUCAUUACAGAAUGGGAAAAUGUCAAGAAAUUGUACGAGGAGAUGAAAUAUCGUAUAAAUAGCACUGUAGAGAGAGGCACUGUUCCAGAACAUCAAUGCAAAGAACACAAUGGCUUCAAAGAAUGGAAACCGGAGAUGACUCCACGAGACCACCCGAGUAUAGUUCAGGUUUUGCUGGAAAGGGGCAACGACAUUAACGUUGAGGGCCAUGAUUUGCCCAGACUUGUUUAUGUGUCCCGUGAAAAAAGACAUGAUAUUAAAACGCACUCUACGUUAUUGAUGUGCACUCUUCAAUAGUCAAAUAAUCGAUAG